AUGGCUGGCACUCGUUCGCCCAGAACCACUCGCUCCAAGACACGACGCUCUAUCAUGUCUUCGCAAAACUCCAACAUCAAGACUUGGGCACGUCAUCAGAAGCCUGUGUCUGCCCGCCUGACCAAGGAGAAGGAGCAGACCAAGGCCAUUCCCCAGGCUGUUCUUUCUGUCCCCGCAUCUCCUUACCACCACUCUGCUCUGAUCCAAGCACAACUCACAAAGACUCACCAACAAUCUCGUCUUUCUGACCCCGCCGCUCCUUCAAGGCACAACGGCUCAUCUUCUGAAUCCUUCCGCUUCCUUGAUCUUCCUGCUGAGAUUCGUCUCAUGAUCUAUGGAUAUGCAGUGACUGAAGCCGAGCCCCUCUACAUCGACACACUGGCUGCUCCUCCAGCCAUCACUCGCGUAUGCCGCCAGACCCGCCAAGAAGCAUUACCUGUCUUCCUUGGCAGCAACUCCUUCAUCACCCUCUUCAGCUCUGUCCCUGGCAUUGAUGCCACUUGCCCUGAGCCUUGCUGUCUUACCAAGUACACCACUUCCUUCUCGCCUGCUUCCGAGUCAUGGCUCUCUACCCUUCCUCCUUCGCAACCCCUCAUCCGCGAUAUGAGCUUCACUCUCCAACCCUCGACCUGGGACUCGGAGUCCGAGCUUUCAGCAGACUUCCGCAUGCUUGAUGGAAAGCUCGCCCAUGGUCCCGACUGCCCUUUCUGCAUCAACGGCUCAUAUGGCAAUGUCACACCCAUCUCUCUUGCCCAUCCUGCUGUCCCUGAAAGCCUCAAGCUUCUGAUGAGCCAUGCUCAACAGAUUCACGACGCUGAACUCGACGCCGUCAACACUGUCCUGCAGUUUGGCAAGGGUCUUAGCCUCUACGACAUCGUCGCUUUCACCAAAGCUUUCACUGGCCCCAGCGAAGUCAUCACUGCCAGACAGUGUGAUCAGCAGCGCCUCGUCGAACACUUCAAGGAGUCGCUCGAGGAGUGGGAUGCUGCCAAGGGUGAUGCCAGAUAUGAGAUCCAAGAAGACCUCAGACAUACCUCCGAUGACCUUUGGUCCGAGAAGGAGAAGUGGUGUGGCGUUAUGUAA